AAGGAGUAUGUCAAAUUUACACCCUUUGGAAUUUUUUGUGUGGUUUUGCCUUUUUGCAAUAGUAAGACUGGAAAAUAGUUAUUCAACCUGGCAACCCUGUAGCCCUAGGACGCCCUCUGGUGUCAGGGUUAACGGGGAGCUCCUCCCCUCGCGGCAACAGUGCAAAGUUUCUGCUGUUUCCGAAGUUACAGAAAAGGAGCUGUUUCUCGUCAGGAUGAAUAAGGUGGCUACUCCUCGGAGGAGAGAUGAAGGCUGGUAUUUGUCACUUAUGGCACCUAACACAAAGGGCCCAAACCAUGCAUGGGUCGAUCCAUCCAGACUUUACUGCAACUCUCAGGCUUUAUCAGACUGUGUGACUGAUCUCCUCAAACCAUUCAAAAAUGACAAGAUUGACCUGGUGGCUGGAAUAGACGCUAUGGGCUUUAUCCUCGGUUCAGCUGUGGCCAUGACUCUGGAAAAAGGAUUUUUGGCUAUACGAAAAGCAGGGCAUCUGUGUGUAGAAACUCUGACCCAGGAAUAUUCUGACUACUCUGGCAGAGACAAGUUAAUGGAAGUACGAGUUGAUGUGUUAAAACCAGGUCUGUGUGUUCUCAUAGUUGAUCAGUGGAUUGAGACUGGAGGCACAAUGAAAGCUGCAAUCAAACUUGUAGAAAGACAGGGAGCAAGUGUAGUAGGUGUUGGUGCUGUAGCCAUUGAGAACAGCGAGGGUGGAAAGUGGAUAAAGGAAAACUACAAGUACUCACACUGCAUCCCUAAGGGACUUCAGUCUCAAAUAGACAAGCAGUAUCUUGAAUCUUUUAAGAACUUCAACAAUGAGAUGCACUAAUUUUAUUAAGGUAACUAUGAGGCUAGUGAUGCUUAAACAGGUAAUCAAUUCUAUGAUUUGCUCUGCCAUAUCCUUUUUUUUUUUUUUGCAAAAGUUUACUUACCACAAUUGCUUUUAUUAUUCAGACUUAAAACAUAAACUCAUUCAUAACAUGUGAUUAUUGAAACUGUAUAUUACUUAAGAGUGUUUUGUACAUCAAUAAGAUUACUUGAUGUUAUGGUAUAGUAUGGUUUAUAACAUUAUAUUAUACUUUUUUAAUAUAUUAAACCACAAGU